CGGGGAAACAGCUCUCCAUCUCUGCAGACCCCAAGAGUAGUGGGGAAAAAAAAAAAAAGACGUACCCCUGAAACCCGCCGAAGACACUAUCAUUUCGCACCGACUGGCCGGUUUUGUGUUGCCGCUAAUGAUGUUCCGCUUGCGGGCGUUGUCCGCAGUUUCGGUGGGACUAGCGCAGUUGUCCCGACGCUACCACAGCGGGACAGUGCGGGGGUCUGGCCGGAGGAGGCUGAUGCUGGCAGCCCUGGCUGGGGUGACUGGUGUGUCUGCUAGUGCUGGGCUGCUGUGGAAUAGAGCAUAUGCUGAUGCAGGGCCUUCCGUUCAACACUCUGAGCAACCAGGCGGAGAGGGAGCUGAUUUCAUCAGGGAUACAGAUUCUGAGACGGAGUCAGAGAAAUCGGUGGAGGCCAGCAGUGGAGAUGAAGAAGCAAAGGAUGAUGGCGGUGAAGGGAAAAAAAAGAAGCCACGCUCCGGAUUCCGUGACCGCAAGGUUAUGGAGUAUGAGAACAGGAUAAGAGCCUACUCCACUCCGGACAAGAUUUUCCGCUACUUUGCCACACUGAAGGUCAUCGGCGAGCAUGGAGAUACUGAGGUCUACAUGACGCCCCAGGACUUCAUACGCUCCAUCACACCUAACGAGAAGCAGCCUGAGAAUCUGGGCCUGGAUCAGUUCAUUGUGAAGCGCUACGAUGGGAAGGACUUCUGGCAGACGGAGGUAACUCCACGCGGGCUUAGCGUGGCCCAGCCCCCCACCCCUCCCAAGAAGAUCGCCCAGGAGAGGGAGAAGUUUGCAGAUGAGGACAGCAUUUUUUUCACACUGGGAGAAUGUGGCCUUAUUUCCUUCUCCGACUACAUCUUCCUCACCACCGUGCUGUCCACUCCCCAGAGGAACUUUGAGAUUGCCUUCAAGAUGUUUGAUCUGAACGGUGAUGGAGAGGUGGAUCUGGAGGAGUUUGACCAGGUCCAGAGCAUCAUUCGUUCCCAAACCAGUAUGGGCAUGCGACACCGUGACCGCUCCACUACAGGAAACACGCUGAAGACAGCCGGCUGCAGCUCCGCUCUCACCACCUACUUCUUUGGAGAAGACCUGAAGGGAAAACUCACCAUCGGCAGCUUUCUGGAGUUUCAGAGGAAACUGCAGCAUGAUGUCCUCAAACUAGAGUUCGAGAGGAACGAUCCUGUGAACGGCAGAAUCACCGAGAGACAGUUUGGGGGCAUGCUGCUGGCCUAUAGCGGCGUUCAGUCUCGUAAACUCAAGCAGAUGCAGAAGGGCUUGAAGAAGAUGUUUAAGGAUGCACAGGGCAUCACAUUUGAGGAGGUGGAGAAUUUCUUCACUUUCCUAAAGAACGUGAAUGACGUGGACACAGCCCUGAGUUUCUACCACAUGGCUGGAGCCUCCAUAGACAAAGUUACCAUGAAGCAGGUGGCUCGUACUGUGGCCAAAGUGGAGCUGUCAGAUCACGUGUGUGACGUGGUGUUCGCUCUGUUCGACUGCGACGGGAACGGAGAGCUUAGUAAUAAGGAGUUCAUAGCCAUUAUGAAGCAGCGGCUGAUGCGUGGGCUGGAGAAACCCAAAGACAUGGGUUUCACUCGGCUGGUGCGCGCCAUGUGGAAGUGUGCCCAGGAUACCGCCUGGGACUUUGCCACACCAAAGACAUAAUGGGGACAAGAAGGCGACGUGUGAGCGGGAAAGAAGAGGCACACGUGUGAAAAAAGCAACACCACCAGUAGCAUCAAAGACGUUCUUCAUCAACAGGUCUCGAGAAUUUAAAUUGCCAAUUAAAUGCAAUGAAGUCAUUUGGACUGCAGCUCUUGAGUGGCAUCAUCAGUCAUUAACGCAUGUCGCUGUAUUUCAAGCUUUCAAUAUAGUGACUGAAGCAUGCUGACACAGCGCAGUGUAUCCUGAAAGGCUUCUCUAGCGUACCAGUCCAAGGCAUCAUGGGUAUUUGUAUAUUUUAAAAUAUGCAAAGUUUGUAUGUUUUUUUUGCCAUAUUCUAUAGAGGAAUGCAGUGUCAGCAGGUGACUGUGACCCUCUGUCAAACGCUAAAAACGGCACUUUAAUAUCCGUAUGUUUUACUGCAAAGAGCAAGUAAGUAGAAUCAAUCUUAUUUGACCUUCAGCUGUAUAAAUGCCGCAGUAUGUCUGUUCUAUACCGACAACAGACCCUUAGUUAUUCCUUUGGUGGGACAGAGAGAAGACUGUAAUCUUGUUAGCGUCUCACCAUUCAGUCUGCUAGCUCCAGCUGCAUCUUUACUCUUAUUCUGUUUCCAUAAAAGAUCAAUGAUGCGUGUCCUGCUCUACAAUGUACUGUUCAAAGUGUGUAUUCUUAUUAUUGCUCACUGAAACACUUUAUAUAAGAUGGAUGUUGAAAGAAAUGCUCUAUUAAAGAUGUUUUUAAUAAUGAAAAACUGAUUAAGCUUUA